GGGUUUUCUCCUACCUUGCUUCUCCCAGAAUUCUGAAUUACUAAUACUAUGAUACUUAAACUAAAACGACUUUUCCUAUGGCAAGAUUGCGACCUUCUUGACCAUAGGAACCUGUCAAUUAACCCAAAAGGAGAGCUUCUUUGCCAAACGAAGUCGCUUUCGUUUGACAAAGCCUGCCAACUCACUAAAACUAAACUAAUUUAUCAAAAUUCCUUAGUAUGGAAAGCCAAUGUUUCAAUUGAACUUCUGCUAAGUGUACAAUAAUUACUUAAACAAAUACUAAAACAGACACUGUAACAAAUUUACUUUAACAAAGACAAUUAAUAUUACCAAAAUUCAAAUACUAGAAAAAAUGUUCUCAGAUUAGUGCUUUUGUGACGUAAAUCGUAAAAAUAACGUCACAAUAUAUAUAUAUAUAUAUAUGUUUGUUAAAAAACAAUUGACUGUUGUUCCGUCUGCCAUUUUAAUUUUACUUUUUUGCGGUUUGUUUGUGCUUUGUAAAAAUGUUUUCACAAGGUAAAAAUAAAUGUAAAAGGAAGGCACCUUCGAAAAAAUUCAUACCCAUUGCACAUCAGGAGCGAGAUGUACCUUUAGAUCUAUAUAAAUCUGAGGAUAGGUGCUAUCGUGACAUUAAGAGGUAUCAUUUGGAUAAGGAAGGAAAAGAUCCAGGAACGAACGGGAAGCCCUUUCGGUAUGUACGAUGUUCUGACAGCAGAAACGCUGUCGAUUGUUCGGGCACUGGGAAGAUGUAUGGUACGGGAAAGCCUAAAGACCCUUUUUACAUUGUCUAUUCACGUCCUCACGUGAAAGACUGCAAAAACAAACUGGAAGAGGGGAAAUUUCUGAAGAGGCUUCACCAAGAGUCACUAACUACAGUUAGUGACCAUAGAGCAGCUUACGAUGCUGCAAAAAGAAAGUGAUUUAUAUGUCUCUCUAUAUUAUAAAAAGAUUUCGCCGCCGAAUACAGUGUUUUAAAGUCGAAUGUCAAAAGUCAAAGAUAAAAGAUCAUAGGUCAUAGGUCAAUCAAUCAGGUCAAACAUCAUAGGUCAAGAGACGAACAUAACCUCAAAAUCAGCGGUCCAAGAUCAUAGGUCACGAGACGAACAUAACAUAAUUAGAUCAUAGGUCACAGGGCAAACAUAAUCACAAAUUUAGGUGAAAAUGAUAGUUUAGAAAGCAAACAUAACCUCAAAAUUAUGUCAAAAUGAUAGGUCAGAAAGCAAACAUAACUUUAAAAUUAGGUAGAAAUGAUAGGUUAGGGCAAACAAAACCUCAAUCUUUUUUCUUAAUUUUACAUUUUUCUACUUGUGAACCAGUUUUGUAAUUCCUCAAGAAAAUUCAUCAAGUUGUCCGGAAAUUAGCUACAGUUCUUCCUGAAAACCUUAAAAUAAUAUUUCAAUUUACGGUUCUGCAGCAUUUAUAGUUUUUUCCCAUAUCCUAAAUUAUUAAAUAAAUUUUGUAACAAUUCUUAAACAAAGAUUUUCCGUGUAUGAGGUAUCUUGCUUGACAAGCUUCUCACAAGGUUACUGGAAUAUUAUACAAUAAUUUUUAUCACAAACAUUUUUUCAUUCUUCUAAGAAUUUUAUUGAAUUUUUAAAAAUAGAUAAAUUAAUUAUACCGCAUUAGAAAAGAACGGUGUCUCACAAAGAAAAAUAUUUUUCCAGCGAACCAUUAGGAGCAAGCAGUACAACAUACUGUGAAAAGAAGAGUUCAAUAAGUAGGUGGUCCAAAAGCGAGGCACCACCUAUCCCAAACGACAUAUGUCUUCUUCCAGUCACAUUAAAUAGUGAAGUUUGGCAGAAGAGAUUGGCUUACUAUUUGGAUGUAGAUGCAGAAGAAGAGAAUAAAAAAACCAGGGUGAAGCACUUGUGGAAGGUGGACGGUGCUACAGAUACCGAUGGACUCUCAGUCACCUUUUUGAUUCCGAGCACAAUUCCCGAAGAGUGCAAAAUCGCCUCAUACGGGUUUUGUGACUCAACAUAUCAAAGUGUUCCUUCCUUAUAUGGAGCAGCACAACUGUUUGUUUUCGGAGUAGAGUCUUACGGACAGGUAUACAUGUUUGUAUGUUUGAAUCUUU